GAGCGCAGCAUUUUGGAGCUUUACCCCAGUGUGAGUGUGUGUGAGAAAGUGAGAGUGAUUUUGGAUGUGUGUCGUAAAUUUAAAGUAAGUUGUAUUUCAGAUUGUUUUAUUCUGAGGUUUUUCUUUCGCCUUUUACACGCACGAAAUAUUUAGCUGAAUAAAUAACGGGUCGCACGGUUUUGCGAACCACUUCCUUGCAAGUCUCUUGUGCAACAAAAAAGGAUUUAUCAAGCUGCGUUUUACGAAGUGUUUUUAACACGAACCCCUAUUAAGACGCGAGAAAUAAGUAUUGGGGGAAAAAAUCAGCAGUAUCGGUUCGUUGUGUUUUGUGUUCAUCAGCAGCACUUCGGGACCGUCAACUACCCGGGAUCUAAAAAUGGUUGCAACAAGCACAUUAAAGAACAAAAACGCCGAAUGUAUUUCCGAGCUGAUAGACCGACGCUAUGAGCAGGCUUUCGCCGAAAAUGAGCUGGACUAUUGGGAUCAUUGUCUGGCAGAACCAAGCCUGAACGGCAGCGUGUUUGAAGAUAGCGCCUGCCAGCAACUGGCUAAGAUGUUUGAGAACUGCCUGUCACGGGCCAAAAAGACCAAAUUGCACUGCUCUGAGGUGCUGGUGCCUGAGAAACUGACCCGGAGGAUAGCCCGCGAUGUGCUACGGCUGUCAUCCGGCGAGCCCUGCGGCCUGCGUGGCUGCGUGCUGCACAUCCACCUGGAGUUGGAGAACUCCUGCAAGAAGCUGGACCGCAUAGUGUACGAUGCCAGUGUGGUGCCCACCUUCGAGCUGACACUGGUCUUCAAGCAGGACGGCAGUGCCUGGCCCAGCCUCAGGGACUUCUUCCUUAUUGGUGCCUGCUUCACGCCGGGCUUCCGUCAUGCGCUGAAGCUGAGCCCCGGCUUCCGGCUCAUAAAAAAGAAACUUUACUCUUCUUCUGCCGGUACCGUGGUAGAAGAAUACUGAGCAGGAGGAACGGAGGGUGGAGAGGGAACACGAUGCACUUCUACAGUACCUGAAUGUAAAGAUCACUGGCUGUUUCAUGUCCUUUUUGUAGCUUUUGUAAAAACCCCUUUUGUGAAACUAGUUUCCAAGUCAAGCUGUAGGGUUUCUAUGGUGAAACGGACUCCAAAUUUGGCACUGGCAGUAUUUGAGGUGGCUCCAGUACUUGACUGAUGAUAGGUUUUUAGAUUGUAACAUCGAGAGGUGGAAAGUUCAGAUUCAAAGUGUAAAUCCGGACCAAGCUUUUGUUUCAGCCAGCCAGUUGAGUAUAGAUACAUUUACAGAGUUCAACUGGUUGAAACAAUCGUGGUCUGGAUUUGUACUUUCGGAACUUGAACUUUCCACCUCUAACAUCUGGCCACUGCAGACGAGUUUCUUGGACUUCACAACACAGAUUUUUUUUUGUGUGUUUGUGGUAAAUUCCUGCACACUGGGAUUCAGCAAAUUCGACAUGGUGAACAACCAGUCUGCAAUAUUUUUGACCGUGAAGUUUUGCUGUUGGCCAGGUACACUUAGCAGGUACAUGGUCCCUGGGUCUCAUGCAGUGCAGUGUAAAGGCUCUGUGUAGGAAUUUGUUCACCUAUUGCUUUCAAUUCUGAAAGCUUAGGAACUGCAAUUCAAAAGGAUGGGAGGGCUAUUUGUUGGAUGUCUAUGUACAGAUGCUGCUUUCUUUUGGCACGGAAGCGCUGGAUUGUAGAUGAGUGCCUUUACAUCUUGGAAUUGUAUAAAGAAUUGAAGUCUGCCAGUUACGUACGAUUGCACUAGUUUCAUUGCACUACAGGAGUUCAGUCUAAGUGACUAUGUGUUGUAGCAUUCAUUUUUUUUUGUACUUUUGACAUGAUCUGUCAUCUUAAUGUUUAUUGGGUAUUAGCAGCUACAGUGCUGUUUCACCAGCCAUUUUUAAAUUCCUGUUAUAGGAAGUAUGGAUCCUUGUCUAUUUGACAAUAAAACACUUUUAAACUGUUA